AUGGCUGUGGUUCAUCCCCGACCCCGCGGUCCCCUCUGCCGCUGCACCGCUCCGCCCCGCCCGCCCGCCUGCUCUGCCUGCCCGCCUGCUACUGCUGCCUACACCUACACCUACACCUACACCCAUCCGUCCGUCCGUCCUCCUCCACUUGACCCGGUGGUACCACUCGCCUCGUCUCGGAGCAGGGCAGCGGAUACCAGGCGGGAGCUAGCCCGCGCACGCCUCUCCUGCGCGCGCGGCGAGGGUACGGCCAUGGCGUACCAGUACCACCACCAGGACCACGCCGCGGCCGCGCUGGGGAUGGACGCCGCGGCGGCGGCGGCGGCGGCCGCGGGGAACCCCGGCGGCGGCGGCUUCGCGCCAGGUUUGGGCGCGGGCGGGUGGGAGAGGGAGAAGGCGGCCAUCGAGGCGCACCCGCUGUACGAGCGGCUGCUGGAGGCGCACGUCGCCUGCCUGCGCGUCGCCACCCCCGUCGACCAGCUGCCCCGCAUCGACGCGCAGAUCGCCGCGCGCGCCCCGCCGCCCAUGCCCCCCGCCGCCGCGCCCGCGGGCGGCGAGGAGCUCGACCUCUUCAUGACACACUAUGUGCUGCUCCUCUGUUCCUUCAAGGAGCAGCUCCAGCAGCAUGUGCGCGUCCACGCCAUGGAGGCGGUGAUGGCCUGCUGGGAGCUCGAGCAGACUUUGCAGAGUCUUACAGGGGCAUCUCCUGGCGAAGGCACCGGGGCGACUAUGUCUGAUGAUGAAGACAACCCGGUCGACAGCGAGAGCAACAUGUUUGACGGAAACGAUGUGUCAGAUGGCAUGGGCUUCGGAAUGCUAACCGAGGGUGAGAGAUCCUUGGUCGAGCGCGUGAGGCAAGAGCUGAAGCAUGAGCUUAAACAGGGGUACAGAGAAAAGCUUGUGGACAUCAGGGAGGAGAUACUGCGGAAGCGGAGAGCCGGUAAGCUCCCAGGAGACACGGCGUCCACUCUGAAGGCGUGGUGGCAAGCCCACGCCAAAUGGCCGUACCCAACUGAGGAGGACAAGGCGCGGCUGGUGCAGGAGACGGGGCUGCAGCUGAAGCAGAUAAACAACUGGUUCAUCAACCAGCGCAAGCGGAACUGGCACAGCAACCCUACCUCGUCCUCGUCGGACAAGAGCAAGAGAAAAAGGAACAAUGCAGGUGACGGCAACGCCGAGCAGUCCUGGUAG